AUGUCUACAUCUCCAAACACCGACGACACAACCCCGUCGUCAAAGCCAGAAAUGCUCCACCAAGAACAAAAACAACCAGACCGCAAAAUCGGCAUACGCUUACGCUUAAAACACUUCACAUUCGCCUGGUUCCUCUCAACAAUGAGCACAGGCGGCCUCGCCCUCGCCAUAGCAGAAACACCGCAUCAAUUCCCCGGCCUCCACCAAAUCGGCCUAACCCUCUUCCUCCUCAACAUCACUCUCUUCCUCUUCCUCCUUACCCUAACAACCCUCCGCCUCCUCUACCACCGCACCCACUUCCUCCUAUCCUUCCUUUACCCCCAAGAAUCCUUUUUCCUCGGCUCCUUCUACCUCUCCCUCAGCGUCAUCCUCGCCGGCAUCCAAACCUACGGCAUCACGCACGGCCCCGCUUACCCCUGGCUUAUCGACGCAGUUUACGUGUUGUAUUGGAUCUACGCUGCGGUUUCCCUCGCGAACUCGGUGUUCCAGUAUUGGGUGGUGAUUCAGUGGGGGAAAUCUUUUCCUAGCGGGGUAUUCGGCGAUGUUGACGGGGACCGUGGCGAGUUUGGUGGCGGGGAGUCAGACGGAUGA